AUGGUUGUGGAGGAAGCGAUAAUUACGUUGUCCGGUGGAGCGCCGUGGGGCUUUCGUCUCCAGGGAGGCGUGGAACAUCAGAAAGCGCUGCAGGUGGCGAAGGUGCGUAAACGCAGCAAGGCAUGCAGGGCCGGGCUUCGGGAGGCCGAUGAACUGGUGUUCAUCAACGAACAGCCAUGUGGAACGCUAUCCCAUGCCCAGGCCAUGGACCUCAUCGACGGCUCCCCUGGGUUAUUACACAUCCGGGUCAGAAGGGUGCCUGUUGGUUUCCAGUCCGUGGUGCUCGUGACCCGCGCCCCAUCUCCCCGUAUAGACAAAGAAUACCGCGCUGCUCUGCGUGCCAUGUCCCCCAACCACCCCCACCACGCACUCAUCCGUGAAGUCGACCGUAGCCACUCAUCCGCAACCAGUGGAUUGACAUCUCCGCCUGGAAGUGAGGCUUACUACGGCGAAACGGACAGCGACGCGGAUGUGGCGGGCUACGAGAGGCAGCGUCGGCAGAAACGCCGCAGCCCUAGCAACUCUACCCCGGGGAAACCAGCAGGCCGAGCCUCACCUGAGGGUGGAGAGACGUCAGAGAUGAGUGGCUAUGACAGCGCUCCCGACGCACAUGUUUACCCCAGUUUGUUGGAUGGAGGUGGGGGUCUACCAGGGGUGGCACGCAGGGAGGUGGUUUACCAGCCUCCUGUUCCAGGAUUGUGGUCCUCACAGACAUCCACUGAGACAUCCUCCAUCAUCUCCUCAGCAGAUGACCAGGGGCCACGGGAUGGAGGGCAAGAGGAGGAUAGUGCCUUUCUUGAGCCAUCCAACGUGCCACUAGUGUCCCCUGAGAGGGCAAAGGAGGCCCGAAUGCUAAGCUCCCGCAGCCAGCUUGUACCCAUGGUGGGUCCGUUGAAUAAACCCAUCGACGAGGAGCUUUCAACAACCUACAUGGAAAAGGCCAAACAAGCCAAACUGAACCGAGGGGAUACUGUGCAAGACAAGAACGUAAAAGAGGCCAAAAGCAAGUGUCGAACAAUUGCAUCGCUACUGACUGAUGCUCCAAACCCUCACUCCAAAGGGGUGCUGAUGUUCAAGAAGAGGCGGCAGCGCUCCAAGAAGUACACUCUCACCAGUUUUGGUAGUGUGGAUGAGGAUAGGUGUCAGGACUCCCAAGAGGAAGAUGGGGUAUUCCCUGGCAGCGAAUCAGAGUUUGACGAGGAUGGCUUCUCUGCCGUUCCUGAUCCAACUUGGGAUAGUGACUGCUUGGAUAGGCUUGAGAAGAGGGCAACUGCAGGCACUGAAGGUCGUGGGGAUGGGGCAGAGGAUGCUCCAAGCCCAGGGUUGAGUAACACCACAGGCAAGGGAGCCCAGUUGUUUGAGCAGCAGAGAAAGAGGGCUGCUGAGCAUGCCAAGAAAGUUGAGGGGGCACAACCACAGGCUUCUGCACAGUCUCACGUCCAGGGGCAGGCCCAAAUGUACCAGUUGCAUCCAGAAAGGCAGCCACACCUCCAGCCUCAGCAGAUGAUACCGCCUGGCCUGAUAGCCAAACAACAAGAGCUGUCUCAGGCCCCAGGUCCAGUUACAGCCUAUGGAAUGUCUAAUGGGGAUAUAUCCUACUCUGCAGUUAGUAGUAGCAUGAUGAUGUCAACUCCACCUGUGGCACCCAAACCAGCUACGGCCUCAGUGACUGUUCCGACCAGACCUGCACCACCAGCUGAAACACCUAGUAAUGUUCUCAACAGAACGGCACGUCCUUUCACUCCUGGCUUCAUCAGCUUACGAGCUGCAACAGCGCCUGUAAUGUUCAAACCUCCUGUCACAAAGAUGAGCCAGCGCCCUGCCUCAGCAGCUGUUGUGCCAUCACGGUUCUCCACUGCUUCUGAACUAGCCAUGAAUGCUACAUCAGUAACAUCACAGCUACCCCCUAGUACUCCGUCAGUGUCCUCCAUCCCAUUCUUUGUACCUCAAGGUCCCUUUGCCCAGACUCCAGAACCUACCUUUUACUCUCCAGCUGUCUCUACCUCUGUAGAGAAAAUGCAGUCAUUUCCACAAAUGACUUCCGGUUAUCAGGCUUCAUUUGUAGCUAUGCCCCAAGUGUCUGUGGCUCCACAAGCACCAAUGGCUCUAGCCCCAGCUUUUGCUGUAUCUCAAAUGUAUGGUUCACCUGAACUGUUUGCCCCAGCGCCUCCACUGCAAGUGCCAGUUGCUCAGUCACACCCACCUCAAUUUUUCAUGGCACCUGUAGCUACAUUGUCAGUAGUCUCUCAGCCAGAAGCAGUAGCGCCAACCCCUGUUCCUGGUCCAACAGGUCGCACAGGAAUCUUAAAUGAUGCUCGCAGACGAGGUGGCAAACCCAAACCUAUGUUCAAUGUGCCGGAGGUCAAGAAGAACUCCCCAAAUCCAGAUUUAUUGUGUAUGGUGCAGAAUCUGGAUGACAGGUCCACUCGACACAAAUAUGGCCAACCACCAUCUGAAGAUAUUUAUGAUGACGUAGAGGAGCAGAGGAGUUUUGAGGCGGGCAUGGGAAGGGCACCUCCUCCAGUGGCACCCAAGCCUCGGGUCAUCCACGAGACCCCACCAUUUCUUCAAGCAGGGGGUAAGGGGGCCCAGCUGUUUGCCCGCAGACAGAGUCGAAUGGGUACGUAUGUAGUGGACACCCCACUCCAGACCCCUUACCAGCAGGAGGUGGCCUCACACAGUGCAGCCACAGUGCUUGACUCCUCCCCCAAUCCUUCAUUUCCCUCUCAGUGGAAAUACUCCCCAAAUGUCCGUGCUCCUCCACCCAUUGGGUACAAUCCACUCCUGGCCCCCUCUAUCCCUACUGGGCCUCAGAGGAAUAUAGGGAAGCCAGACAGCAGGGGUAGAGGAGGCUCCCAAAGAGAGGGCAUUCAAGCUCUGGAUUUCAUGAGAAGGCAGCCCUACCAGCUCAACUCUGCCAUGUUCAACUAUGGGGGCAGUGUUGCUAAUCUAUCAGCCAUGCCCUCUUACCAGGCCCAGAGGCAGCAUGGUGACUACAGGAUGGUGGGCAGCUCAUUAGCCUCACCGAAGCAGAUCCCCAUCAAAACAACCCGUGUCCUCGAGGUCAAGCGAUUCUCCACACCCACACCCAUGUCAGCUCCUACUCUGGCUACCAAGGUUAUUGCACCCCGCUCGGCAACUACGCUUGGAGAACGUUUAUAUGAUUCUGGAAUGAUCUCCCCACCUUUUGCUCAUUUCACUCCGACCCCACCCCCUUUCUUGAAACCAAUACCAAUCAGUGCCCCGAAGCCAGCUUUGCCUCCCUCUCAACCAGCUGGGCUGCCCGGCCUCCCAAAAUUCUCUGCCACCCCUAUUCCACACCCUGUGCCCCCUGCAGUCCCUAAACCGUACACUCCCGUAUCAUACAUCAGUGGGCUCCAGGCAGCCAAGCAGUUCCAGAGUGCUCCUGAACUCAGUAUCCUUGCCUCUUUGCCCCCACUCAAGCCCGACCCAGUUCAGGCACCCAAACCACAUUUUGUUGCCACCAAGGGAGGUGUCCAGCCCCGUGUUUGGAGGCCAGGGGCAAUGUAA